AUGGUAGAACGAUCUUUAUUCGUCCUAGUGUUCUAUUUAUUAUUGUACACCAUCAGUGCUGAUAUUGAAUUACAGACACGACAAGGAAUUAUUUAUGGUCGACAAACUCAGCAUUCCAAUGAAUUUCUAGGAAUUCAAUAUGCAAGAGCAGAACGAUGGAAACGACCAGUCGAUCUUGCAUCUGGAAAAUUUCCGAAUGAUUCACUUCAAGCAAACUCAUUUGGUCCAUGUUGUCCUCAAUCGAAUGCAGGAAUAUUUAUACCUGCACAGGACGAACAAUGUUUAUAUCUGAACAUUUAUACACCAUUGAGCAUAACAAAUAACUCCCUGUUACCAGUUCUUGUUUGGAUUCAUGGUGGUGGUCUUCAAGUUGGAUGUUCAUCCCAGAACAUUCCAGUUCUAUAUAAUGGCUCAAAUAUUAUUGCUAAUGUACCUGAGAAACAACCAGUUAUUGUCGUAACAAUCAACUAUAGGCUAGGCAUGUUUGGUGAUCUGUAUUUGAAGGAUUUAGUUGAAGAAGAUCCAAAAGGAUGGCCAACAGCGGGAAAUUAUUUCUACCUUGAUAUGUUAUCCGCUUUACGUUGGGUGAAUGCGAAUAUUCGUGAUUAUGGUGGCAAUCCGGAGAAUGUUUUAUUGUUUGGAGAAAGUUCUGGAGCAAAUGCUGUUAUCGAUAUCGGUGCAUUGAAAGGAUCAGCAAAUCUUUAUCAGCAUGUGAUAUCGCAAUCAGGUGGCGCGGGAUUUUUUGGAUAUUACACCAACACGAGUGAUGCUUUGAUCGAAUCGAAUAAAAUCAUUCAAAAAGUCAAUUGCACUAAUCAAAGAAGCCUUUUACAGUGCUUACGCAAUUUGUCGACAGCUGAUCUCAUAACAUCAUACGGUUUUCGACAAACCAAAGUAGUUGUUGACAAGUAUUUUCUCGAGUAUUAUCCGCCAGUGGCAAUCCAUGAAGGCAUAUACAAUCCAAAUAUUAGUAUGACUAUCGGUCGAAAUGAAUAUGAAUCCCCGAUGUGUUUCACCAAUCCUGACAUGAACUUGACGUCAGUGAAAGAAAUGCUCAUUCAAGCUUCCGGAGAAAAAUGGGCUGAAGUGUUUAUUCAAGAUCCCGAGUUCAAGAAUUGUUCACCGGAUCGAAAUGCGACCAAUCGAUGCUGUGAAGCAGCACGUUCAUUCUUUAGUCACUUCAUUCUUGAUUGUAGUGCUCGUCGUAUACAAGACGCUUUAUUUAAGCGCAAUUUUCAAGAAAACUUAUUUUUGUAUCAUAUGGAUUGUAAUCCUGGAUUAUGUCCGGUGAAGUCUGAAGCAGAGGGCAAAGGUCUUUGUUUCCAUGCAUCAGAGUUACCGUUCGUAUUCGGAACAGUAAGCGAUAUGUAUUCGAAUGAAUUGAUGAACUGUACAUGGGAUAAUGAAACACGAGUAUUUUCAAAUCGGAUUAUAUCACAUUGGAUUAGUACAGCCAUAGUUGGGAAACCGUUGAGUGAUUGGUUGAAUUACAGUCCGUCAACGCCGCGAUACUAUCAGAUCACACCAUUUCAUCCGUUCUCAACUCUUACAACAGAUCGUAAUUGUUCACUUAUCGAUCAAUUCGAAGAAGAGAAAAUCGAACUCAUGUUUGGUAAUUCGAAAAACAAGAGUUUUCGCAAUUACGCAAAUCGAAGUUUCAUCGUACUAUUGAUUUUAUUCUUUGCUAUAUUUUAA